AUGAGCCAGCCCCUCGACCCUCGUCGAUACUCGUCAAAAUCAAAACGGCCAGCCUCCAUCCCCGAGCUCACUGAACAAGCCCUAAAUAACCUCCAGUGGGACGAGAACGAGGAUAUCAAGCACUAUCUGCGCGUGGCAGGAAACUACCGCCGCGAUGGCAAGGAGUUUGUGAGGACAGGCGAAUUGGAGAACGCAUUUGUCCAGUUGACGAGGGCUGCGAUUCUGGUGCUUGAAAAACUGCCUCUGCAUCGUGACUACUACACGUUGCUGAGCCCGGCGCAGAGACAGAAUUUAGGGUUGGUGCGUGUCUAUCAGCUGUCAGGUCUCGGUGCAUUUGGGUGUAUAAUGUUGUUGGAGGACUAUCGCUCUCAUCUGACGGGCAGCGCGAGGCAGAUCAGCUAUGAUGCCAUGCCUGAGAUUCUGGGAUUGCCCCAUGGGAAGAGUAGAAACUUUGUUCCUUGCUCUGUGACGUGGUUUGGAAUGGAUGGAGGGACUGGCCUCACUUCCACUCAUGACUUAUAUGGGCUGUUCAAUUCCUUCAACGGCCAAGACAUGUUGGACACCCUCGGCGACCUGAAACCAACUCUAGUCGACAGGUUCGACAAAUGGAUUCAAGCUCAUCCGGAUGGGAUCGAUAACGAACGCACACCUGAUGCCAAUCUGCCCCAUCCGAUGCCCAACGAUGCCCAGACCCAGGCAUCAGCAGCGCAAUACCACGAGGAAGAGCAAAGGCGAGAGCAGAGGAGGCUCGCAGCGGAGGAAGCUGCACGAUGGAGACGUCAGCGAGAAGAACAGGAAGAAUUGACAGAGCGCACCCGAAAAGACGCCGUUGCUGCCGCUCGUCAGGCCGCGAAUGCACCUCAACGGUCUGCGACUAGGGAUGGAGAGUCGGAUAGGGAGCGGGAGAGGGUGUUUGAGAGGGAACGAUUGAGAUUGCGUGCUUUGGCUUUGUCUAUGGAGGAGUAG